UCAGAGAAACUUUUGUGAAAGUAAUUUGAACUUGACCUCGGACCUCUGACCUGACCUGACCUAACCUCGCCCUCAGCUACUAACUACAUCCGGUCAUCAUCAUGUAUGGCAUGCUGUAUGAAAGUGUCCAGCAUUAUAUACAAGAGAAAUAUGGCAUGGAGACAUGGAAGAAAAUUUGCAAAAUUGUUGAUUGCAAGCACAACAGUUUCAAGACCCAUCAGAUUUACCCGGAUAAGCUUAUGCCGGACUUUGCUGCCGCAUUGGCAGCAUGUACCGGAGAGACCUUUGACUUUUGCAUGAACUUUUUUGGCCACUGUUUCGUUAGAUUCUUUAGUAAUUUUGGCUACGACAAGAUGAUACGUUCGACAGGUCGUUACUUUUGUGACUUUUUGCAAUCCAUCGAUAAUAUACAUCUCCAGAUGAAGUUCACAUAUCCGAAAAUGAAGUCACCGAGCAUGCAGAUGACAGCUGUGGAUGACAAUGGAGCUGUUCUGCUUUAUCGCAGCGGACGGACGGGUAUGUCGAAGUAUCUAAUUGGCCAAAUGACAGAGGUGGCCCGGGAGUUCUAUGGUCUGGAGAUAAAAGCCUAUGUCCUGGAGAGCCAGAAUGAUAUAUGCGGCGGUACAACGGGUCCCAUUAAGCUGUCCGAGGGUCCAUUGACAGUAAUUGUCAAGUAUCGAUUUGAUUUUGAUAAUCGGGACUACAUGGCCCAGCGGGUGAAUGUGGUAGCUCAUCCCACACAGCUUAAGAUGCCUUCGGUGGAUUUGGAUAUAUUCUUGGAAUUAUUUCCCUUUACAAUUGUGCUAAAUCAUGAUAUGAAGAUUACAUUGGCUGGGGAGAAAAUUAUUGAGACAUGGAUAUUACACAAUCCAGGGGCGAAUCCAAAGGCUUUCAUAGGCAGCUGCAUCUUGGAUCUGUUCAAGUGCAGACGUCCAAAAGACACAAGCAUUAAUUGGGAAACCAUCCUUCAGAUGCGCACAGUGCUCUUUGAGUUCGAACUCAUAAGGACGGGACACAAUCGGGCUGCCUAUGAUGCAGCCUUGAAUAUAGAUCUCGAAAGUUAUGAUGAAAUGAGUCUGAAUGAGGCCCAGUCCAUGGCAAUUGCCAAGGCCCAAGAGUUCAAUGAUGAGCACAAAAAGGUGGAGGAGAAAGAGGAAAUUGAUCCAGCCACUGGCAAACAGCGUCGUCCUUCUGAUGGAUUGCGUUCCAUUCUGUUGAAGGGACAAAUGUUCUACAUCAAAGAUGUGGACUCGCUUAUUUUCCUGUGCAGUCCGUUGAUAGAGAAUCUGGAUGAGUUGCAUGGCAUCGGCCUGUAUUUAAAUGACCUCAAUCCCCAUGGUCUGAGUCGAGAAUUAGUUAUGGCCGGUUGGCAACAUUGCUCCAAGCUGGAGAUAAUGUUCGAAAAGGAGGAGCAGCGUUCAGAUGAGCUGGAGAAAUCUUUGGAAUUGGCUGAUUCAUGGAAACGUCAGGGGGAUGAGCUCUUGUACUCCAUGAUUCCACGGCCCAUAGCUGAGCGCAUGCGAAAGAGUGAGGAACAUGUGUGCCAGAGUUUCGAAGAGGUCUCCGUGAUCUUUAUUGAGGUAUUAAAUGUCUACGAUAGUGGCUCGAAUAGCAUUCAGGAUGCCAUGCAAGCGGUGACCACAUUAAAUAAGGUAUUCUCUGCAUUGGAUGAGGAAAUCAUUUCACCAUUUGUCUACAAAGUGGAAACUGUGGGCAUGGUCUAUAUGGCUGUCUCUGGGGCUCCCGAUAUCAAUCCUCUGCAUGCGGAACAUGCCUGCGAUUUGGCCCUUCGGGUAAUGAAAAAGGUCAAGGAUCAUGGAUUGCCUGAUGUGGCCAUAAGAGUGGGCAUCAACUCGGGUCCCGUAGUGGCGGGCGUUGUAGGUCAAAAGGUGCCCAGAUAUUGUCUGUUUGGCGAUACCGUAAACACAGCUUCCCGCAUGGAAAGCAGCUGUGACCCGUGGAAAAUACAAUUAUCCAAUUACACGGCCAUGAAGGUGAAUAAAUUGGGCUAUGAAGUCGAAAAGCGAGGAUUUGUCAAAGUUAAGGGUAAGGGUGAAAUGGAAACCUAUUGGUUAAUAGGUGGACCAAAUUGAAGUCUUAACACUAAAAAAUAAAUG